AUGGCCCCCCCAUUUAUUAAACAAGCUGUGAAAGUUGUUCAAGACAACUUUUUGGAAAUGUCAAGCUAUUGGGAUAAGCUUGGAGAAGACAGAAUAUUAGAAUUUAAUCAUUGGAUGAAGCGAUACUUCAUGGAUACCGUUUUUAUUACUGCCGUCAGUAAACCCGCCCGUUCAUUAUUAUGUUAUUAUAAUGAAAUAAACCCGGAUAACGAAUUAAAUGUACCCGAAUUCGUUCUUAAGGAGGCUGAUACAUUCUUACAAUCGAUAGAUGCUCUUGUUCAAAGCUUAAUUUAUUUCAUAUCGAUUCCAAGAAUUAUUCGGAACUUUCCAGGAAUUCAUAAAUACACUCAAUACAUAAAGGACAAAAUUAAUUGGUUAAAAAAUGACAUCAACGAUAUUAUUAAAUCAAGAAGGGAAGAGAUUUUUAAAAUGCCAGUUAAUCAAAAAUUAAUACCCGAUAUAUUGGUAAUGUUUUUGACGGCGAACACGGAAAGAGAUGUUACUGAACAAAUCGUAGACGACCUUCAUGAUAAACCAAUGUCGGAUAAAGACGUUGAGUCAAAUUUAUUAGCAGUUUUGUCUGGUGGCAUCAGCUCGAGUGCGAAUACCAUGUGCUUUAUAGUCUAUUAUUUAGAGAAUUAUCCCGAGGUCAAACAAAAAAUGAUGGAAGAAAUCGAACAUGUUAUUGGCAAAGAUCCAGAUUCUUCAUUUACAUUUGAAAGUUUAUCAAAACUCGAAUACCUUGAAGCUAUCAUCAAAGAAGAAUCAAGACUCAAAGCGAGUUGUCCAAAUAUUGCGAGAGUUAAUUCGGUUCCAGAAUACGUGGGAGGCUAUAGAUGGUCCAAAGGGACUAAUUUUCUCAUAAACGUUGACGGAAUUCACUAUAAUGCAUCAUACUGGAAAAAUCCUCAUACGUUUGAUCCAAAUAGAUUUCUGAAAGAUCCGGAAAAUGAACGUAAUAAUUACAUGUUUGGCGGCGGAAUGAGAAAAUGUCCGGGUAGAAACUUAGCAAUGGUAGAGCUUAAAGUUACUUUAGUAAUGUUAUAUCGAAAAUAUGACAUUGAGCUGAUGAGUCCAUUAAAGGAACAUAUCAAGACAGUUAGGCGCUGUAGCGAAUUAAAAAUUAGAUUAAAAAGAAAAGUACAAAAUUAA